AAAAUGGGCGAAGCACUAGAACUCUCUUCUCCUCCCUAUAUAAUUCCUUCUUCACGCCCACUUCUCCUUCAACUCACACAAGCUCUCUGCAUUUUCAAAGCUGUGUCUCAGGAUUUCUCAAAUCAAUUUCUAUUUCAAUUUCCCAAGCAUGUCGCUCAUUCCCUCGAUCUUCGGCGGCCGGGGCAGCAACGUGUUCGACCCGUUCUCGCUGGACGUAUGGGACCCCCUCGACGGGUUCUUCACAUCGGCGGUGGCGAACGCGCCCACCGCGGCGGCGCGGGAGGCGUCAGCCUUUGCGAACACCCGAAUUGACUGGAAGGAGACGCCGGAGGCUCACGUUUUCAAGGCGGAUCUUCCGGGGCUGAGGAAGGAGGAGGUGAAGGUGGAGGUGGAGGAGGGGAGGGUGCUGCAGAUAAGCGGGGAGAGGAAGAAGGAGCAGGAGGAGAAGAACGACAAGUGGCACCGGAUUGAGAGGAGCACCGGGAAGUUCCUGCGGCGGUUCCGUCUGCCGGAGAACGCGAAGGCGGACGAAGUGAAGGCGGGCAUGGAGAAUGGAGUGCUCACGGUGACGGUGCCGAAGGCGGAGGUGAAGAAGCCGGAGGUGAAGGCCGUUGAGAUUUCUGGUUGAGUUAGCGGUGGAGAUGGACCGUUUUCGUCGUCGUCGUCGUGGUGAUCGUGGUUAUUAAUUAUCAUAAAUAAAUUGAGGCAUCCAUCAGCGGUGCUUUUUUUUUUUUUUUCGAGUGCAUGAAGGUGUGUUGGUGAGAUGGUGUGUUUGUUUGAUCUUAGUGUUUUUGAAAUGAAUUAUGAAUUAAUUAUAUGCAAGGAAGCAAUCAAAAUUCAACA